AUGCUCCCUGGGGAUGAAGGAUCCUUACAUCAUAUCAUACGCCGCGACGAAGUCGACUGGGACCGAGCCUUCGUCCCGCAGUACGGUAGGCUGAGGUCGUGGUUGACUGCAGCGCGCCGAGCUCUCACAGAGUCCAGACAUCUCCCGACCGUAUCAACAGAGGACCUGGAGCUGCAAAUCAAAUAUUUAUUGUCCGCUCUAAGUCAGCAUGCAUCUCCUCCAUCGGCGUUUCUUUCAUCAAACUGCGCACCGUCAGAACCUUCCUACCGACCCUUCGGCACUAAGGCGAGUGUGGCAUUGAUCUGUUACGCGUUCAUGGUAAUCAAAGCUUGCGAAAUGAAUGGAUAUGAUCAGAAAGAGAUAUGGGCACUUGACGAUGUAGCUCUCAGAACGAUGGUGCUGCGACUCAACGAUUCUCCACUUUUUCCGGCCCAGGUCACUCUUUCUCAGGUCCACUCCCUUAUUGUGGGUCUUCAAAGGGCCUUUCAAGUUGAAGAGAUUCGUGUCGCCUCUACGAAACCGCAGAUCCUAUAUCUGGAUCAAGAUUCUCAAAUUGAAAAUUAUUACCGGUCGGCCUUUUCAGCUUUGGAUCCCGAGCUACUACCUAAGCUUUCCGUCAUGAUGCCUAGGAGAACACCCGCAAAUGUGACCCCAGAGGAUUCACUCACAGCCCUUGCAAAAGUCUUCCUAGUGUCAGAUUCAGUGAAGGAUCUUGAGGCUGCCGUUGCCCAAGUUCCUGAAAUAUGGGCGUCAAGAUCAGAUCGGUUUGUAGUCACAGAGAUGUUUCAUGUGAAGGCGUGGCACCAUGCCUACUUGAGACGAUCUUACGGUGAGUUUCUCUUUACCGAACCCUUAUAG